AUGGAGCUCGAACUCACGACGUCUCCACCCCCCGUAGAGGAGACUCUAGCUGCGCGGCGGGCGAAGCGUCGAGCCAUUUUGGCCAAGUAUGCCGGAAUCGCGAGUGCUGCCCUCAGUCAAGGUGUCUCCCCAAGUCCUGGACCUAGUAGUGCGGUUGAGCCGCCUCCCACGAGUCCUGCUGUUUCUAACACUGCAUCUCAGUCUCACAGCCCUGGUGCGACCCCCGCUCUCAUUGACGUCGAACGAAGUGCACCGGUCAGUAGCCGGGUGUCCGCGUCGGUGUCUCCGACACCGGGCAUCUUCUCUCUGGCUAAGGACCAAGGAGAUGGACAAGUGAAAGGUCAAGUGCAAGAUGGUCCUCACGAGCAGAUAUCUGCUGCCGACUAUGACCCCAGUUUGGAUCGUCGGGAAGACGAGAAACGAGUGCUCGGGGUCAAGGACGAACCAGCAGAGGAUAUACAACUAGUUGAGGAAGAGGAAGAAGAAGACGAUGUGGACGACAUGUUUGCCAUUGCUACGACCAAGAAGACCAAGAAGGUCAAGAACGUUGUCAAGCCGGCAGCUCCUGCAUUAAUCACGACGACAUUGGACACCGCUGCAGACUCGGAAGGUUACUAUCAGGUCAUCUUGGGCGAACAGCUUGACGGUGGUCGCUACCAAGUUUUCUCUCACCUUGGGAAGGGAAUGUUCGCCAACGUCGUUAGAGCGCGUGUCUUGAACUCUGAACCAGGCGAAGCUGUCAAAGAGGUGGCAAUCAAGAUUGUGCGUUGCCAAGAGUCAAUGUUCAAAGCGGGUCAGAAAGAGGCCCAGAUCUUGAACAAAUUGAAGGAAGCCGAUCCGGAGGACAAGAAACAUGUCGUUCGCCUUGAGAGGACGUUCGAGCAUCGCGGACAUUUAUGCUUAGUUUUCGAGUCUCUCAGUAUGAACCUGCGAGAUGUCGUCAAGCGAUUUGGCAAGGAUGUCGGCCUCAACAUCAAGGCGGUGCGUGCAUAUGCGCACCAAUUGUUCCUCGCUAUGAGUCUUCUGCGGAAGUGCAACAUCAUGCACGCCGAUAUCAAGCCCGAUAACAUUCUGGUAAACGAACAGAAGACGCUUCUGAAGCUCUGCGACCUGGGCUCUGCCUCGGAUGCAUCCGAGAACGAAAUCACACCGUACCUUGUCAGUAGGUUCUACCGGGCGCCAGAGAUUAUCCUCGGUGUUCCGUAUGACCCCGCAUUAGACAUCUGGUCGAUCGGGUGCACGCUCUACGAGCUGUAUACCGGCAAGAUCCUCUUCCCGGGACGUUCGAAUAACCAGAUGCUCCUUCUCAUGAUGGAGCUGAAAGGCAGAUUCAACUCAAAGAUGAUCAAGAGGGCGCGUUUCGGGAGCAUGUACUUCGACGAGUUGGGUGCAUUUCAAAGCGUUGAGAGGGAACGAGUUACUGGCGCUGACGUCAUUCGCCAAGUGCAUAUCACUGCACCCGCGAGGGAUCUCAGGCAGCGCCUCAUGCCCCCUGCGUCUGUGAAGAUGAAGGACGAUGAGGGAAAGCUGCUGAUAUCCUUUAUUGAUCUCUUAGACAGGUGUUUGGCCCUCGAUCCGGCCAAACGUAUCACUCCCAAGGAAGCGUUGGUGCAUCCGUUCAUAAGAGGGUGA